AAUGGCAGCGCAUAAAAUCAGACCGAAAACUACAUCGGCGUCAAUGAGUCGAUAUAGAGUAGCUCAUCUGUUGACGCUUUUGACGCCGCUGGAACGGCAAUAUUUAAACAGCGUACAAGGUACACGAACUGUAAAUGACGGACGAAUAUUGCAGAGGGGUAGACAAACGGCAAACAGUUUGCGUAGCUCCCGGCUUAGAGAGGAGAUGUUCGAUAUGGGAUCAAUAAACGUUUUUCUUGAGCAGCAGAGAAUUCGGCAGAAGGCCUUAUACUUAUUCAAUAAGGAGAGACGUCUUCAAGCGGAAAUAGAAUUCCAGAUGAACUAUUGGAAACCAUAUUGUGUUGAUGACUCAAAUAAACACUUUCAAAUAUCAAAUCUAGGUUUUCGACCUGUAGCGGAUGUACCGAAAAUAUGUCCAAGAUUUGUCCAACGUCACGGAACUUUUACUAGGUCAAAUACAAUUGUCAAACCGCGAGAAUCGGCGAAAGACCGUAAACGAAAAAAUGAAAAUAAAGACGGAAAGACGGAAGGUGAAAAAGAAGAUGAACAACCAGAAUUUGUUGAAGAAGAGCAACUUGUUGAGAAUUUAGAAAGCAAAGAGGACGAAUGA